AUGAAGCGAUUUACCAAUGAACCAGCUUCUUCGAAAAAGCAUCUUCCUGUGCUAUUAGAAAUCAGCGAUUCACCUGUCUAUUUCAUCGGCCCAGCAACAAGAGAGAACCCAAUGUCUCAAAUGAGAACGAAGCUCAUGGGAAAAGUCGUCUUUCAGGAUCGCAAAAUCAAAUGGAAUCGGGUCAACCUUCAGUUCAUAGGCAAAGCAGGUAUAGACAUCGAUGCCCCUCGCUCGGCAUUCCCACGAGAAAAUUACCUCAGUGAUCUGGAUGAUCCCGUCAAUGCAAAUGCAACCACUAAAAUACAGACGACUAUGCCCAUUUGUGAGGUGGAAAAGGAGCUCAUCUUCUCAGGGGAAGAAUUCAUCGAAUUUGGCUUGCAUUUGCCUUCGCAUUUGCCUGCCAGUUGCAGAACCAAAAACACAUUUGUUGAAUAUACCCUAGUGGCAAACUUCACUGCUGGCACGUUUUUCAAAAAGUACAGAACACAUCAAGUUGUCACUGUUCAUAGGCAUUAUUUGCCGAGCCCCAGUGCAAUGAUACCUACGAUGGAUUUUUCAGGUGUGAAGGAAUGGUUUGAAUGGUCAGCAGAGCUUCCUAAAGCAACUGCAAUUGAGUCUGGAGAAGUUGUUAUUGCCUUUCGUUGCAGUGUUGAAAAAGAAAGGGUGGAAGUGGAUAGAAUCGAACUGGCUAUCGAGGAGAUUGAGACAUACAGAUUUUGUACAAAACAAGGUGUACAUAGUUUACCACCUAUAAUCACCAGAUUCCCACCUGCUACAUAUCACUUGCCGUCAUUCUCAAGUAGCUCAGAAACACAUUUUAUCAGAACGCCAAUGCCGUUGAGCAAGAGUCCCAAAGUGAAAUCCAUCCACACACAUCAAUUUGAUCCUUUCUUGGAGAUAUCGCACCGAUGCCGACUGACUGUACACUUCAAUAAAGUACCUACAUUGACUAUCGAACCUGUAGUCUUGGAAUUCCCUAUCAUCAUUACAGACUAUCCCUCCGUCGUUUCUGACUCUGCCUUGUCCCUGGCAUCUUCUACGCAUAAUGUCAUCUCUACAGAAACACUCAAUCAACCAAGUACUAUUACCAAUGGAGGGGGCGAUGAUGCCGUGCCUGUGGAUUUGGACCUGCCUGAAUACACACCACGCUAUGAGGAGGCUUCUUCGUCUAAUGCUUCUCCACCACCUAUAGUUACCAACUAA